AUGCUUGCCUUUCCUGUUCAAGAUCCAGACUUGGCUCCUGCACAACCACCACCUGCCCGUCAGCAACUCCUCAUAAACCCUUCUCUGUACCCAUUCCCACCCAGAGCUCCAGUUAUAAGUGACUAUGCUGACGCUCAGCUACACAAUGUGGUGAAAAGAAUGCAUCAAAGAACAGCCCUCUACAAGAGAAAGCUGGUAGAGGGAGAUGUAUCCUCACCAGAAGGCAGCCCCCAAACUGCAAAGCCCCAAGCAGGAGCAUCAGCACAUGACAGUGGCGCUAAGCUCACAGAAGAACGUGAGUACAACGUGCUGUGCUGCAAAUUCCAGAAGUUGCCCCUGACCGGCUACCUAAAGCAAAUUGGGCUCGCAAAAAGCAUAGACUCAUACACAGAUCGAGUCUAUCUCCUGUGGCUCCUCCUUGUCACCAUUGCCUACAACUGGAACUGCUGGCUUAUCCCACUGCGCAUUGUCUUCCCAUAUCAAACAGCAGACAACAUGCACUACUGGCUCAUUACAGACAUCGUGUGCGAUACCGUCUACCUUUGUGAUAUGCUAUUGGUCCAGCCCAGGCUCCAGUUUGUAAGAGGAGGAGAAAUAAUAGUGGACUCAAAUGAGCUCAAGAGAUACUACAGGAGUUCCACAAAAUUUCAGUUGGAUCUUGUAUCAAUAAUACCAUUUGAUGUUUUCUACCUCUUCUUUGGGUUUAAUCCGAUAUUUAGAGCGAAUAGGAUGUUAAAGUAUACCUCAUUUUUUGCAUUUAAUCAUCACCUCGAGUCUAUGAUGGGCAAGGCAUAUAUCUACAGAGUCAUUCGGACAACUGGAUACUUGAUGUUUACCCUGCACAUUAACGCCUGUGUUUAUUACUGGGCUUCAACCUAUGAAGGAUUUGGCACAACCAAGUGGGUGUAUAAUGGUGAAGGAAACAAGUACCUGAGAUGCUAUUAUUGGGCAGUUCGGAGUUUAAUUACCAUCGGGGGCCUUCCAGAACCACAAAAUACAUUUGAAAUUGCUUUUCAGCUCUUGAAUUAUUUCCUGGGAGUCUUCGUGUUCUCGAGCUUAAUUGGUCAGAUGCGAGAUGUCAUUGGGGCUGCCAGAGCCAAUCAGAAUAACUUCCGGGUCUGCAUGGAUCAGACCAUUGCCUACAUGAACACCUACUCCAUUAUCAAAACUGUGCAGAACCGGGUUCGGAUUUGGUAUGAAUACACGUGGGACUCUCAAAGAAUGCUGGAUGAGUCUGAUCUGCUGGAGACCCUGCCCUCUACAAUGCAGUCUGCCCUCGCCAUUGAUGUGAACUUCAGCAUCAUCAGCCAAGUCGACUUGUUCAAGGGCUGUGACACGCAGAUGAUUUACGACAUGCUGCUAAGAUUAAAAUCGACUAUCUAUUUACCUGGUGAUUUUGUCUGCAAAAAGGGAGAAAUUGGCAAAGAAAUGUAUAUCAUCAAGCAAGGAGAAGUCCAAGUUCUCGGGGGCCCUGACGGUACUCAAGUCCUGGUGACUCUGAAAGCCGGGGCGGUCUUGGGAGAAAUCAGCCUUCUAGCAGCGGGUGGAGGGAACCGUCGAACUGCCAGUGUGGUAGCGCAUGGCUUUGCCAACCUUCUAACACUGGACAAAAAGACCCUCCAAGAUAUUCUCCGGCACUAUCCAGAUUCUGAAAAGCUCCUCAUGAAGAAAGCAAGAGUGCUUCUAAAGCAUCGGGCUCAUACCACAGAGACAACACCUCCUAGAAAAGGACUCGCCUUUCUCUUCUCGGCUAAAGAAGACACACCCAAAAUGUUUAAAGCUCUGCUUGGAGGCUCGGGGAAAGCAGGUCUUGCAAGACUACUCAAAUUGAAGAAAGAGCAAAUGGCACAGAUGCUGUGGUAUUUGGAUUAA